AUGGAUCUCCUCUCUCUGCUCCUCUCCCCUCUCGUCCUCCUCCUGCUGCUCCUCCUGUCCUCCGUACCCCCUUGCUCCCCCUCCAUGUUGUGUCCGAAGCGCUGCACCUGUCAGAACCUCCUGCCCUCCUACACGGUGCUGUGUGCCAAGACGGGCCUCCUCUUCGUCCCGCACAUCGACCGUCAGACCGCCGAGCUCCGGCUGAUGGACAACUUCAUCACCACGCUGCGGCACCGCGACUUCGCCAACAUGUCCAGUCUGAUCCACCUGACCCUAAGCAGAAACACCAUCAGCCAGAUUCGGCCAUACACCUUCGCCGACCUGCAGGACCUCCACGCUCUCCACCUGGACGCCAACCGGCUCACCACCCUGGACGACUCCCACUUCCAGGGCCUGGUCAACCUGAGACACCUGAUACUGGCCAACAACCAGCUGCACAGUAUAUCAGAUGGAGCCUUCCAGGACUUCCUGGAGACGCUGGAGGACUUAGACUUGAGCUACAACAACUUGGUGGACAUCCCGUGGGAGACCAUUGCUCUGCUGGUCAGCGUUAACACCCUCAGCCUCGACCACAACCUGAUAGAAAGCGUUCCAGAGGGAAUCUUCUCCAACCUGCACAAGCUGGCCAGAUUGGACAUGACGUCCAACAAGCUGAAGAAGAUCCCUCCAGACCCGCUGUUUCUGAGGAUCCCCGUCUACGCCAAGAUGAAGGGCUCUCCUCUCACUGCCCUGGUGUUGAGUUUCGGUGGGAAUCCUCUCCACUGUAACUGUGAGCUGGUGUGGCUCCGCAGAUUGACCAGAGAGGACGACCUGGAGACCUGCGCCUCGCCGAAAGACCUCGCUGGAAAAUACUUCUGGACCAUCAGAGAGGAGGAGUUUGUGUGCGAGCCCCCUAUGAUAACCCGCCAUACCUCCAAGAUGUUUGUUAUGGAGGGUCAGGAGGUGAGCCUGCGCUGUAAGUCCAUUGGAGAUCCGGAGCCUUCCACCCACUGGGUCAGCCCAGACGGGAAGCUGAUCGGCAACACCUCCAGAACCAUCUGCUAUGAGAACGGGUCACUGGAUAUCCUCAAGGCAUCUGUGAAGGAUUCUGGAAAGUUCACCUGCAUCGCCUCCAACGCAGCAGGAGAAGCCACGGCCCCCGUUGAGCUGGUCGUCAACCCUUCGCCGCACUUUGACCCCAAACUGGACCCUGACCCGGGUCCGUCGGACAUCCCCACAUCCAUCAAGUCCAAUGUGAGCGGUGGGCAGGCCCGGACUGACCAGCAGCGGGUCAGCGUUUCGGACCUGACCUCCAGUUCUGCUACAAUUAGGUGGCCCCCGCAGAAUCACAUCCCGGGGGUCCGAAUGUACCAGAUCCAGUACAACAGCUCUACAGAUGACAUACUCAUAUACAGGAUGAUCCCGGCAAGCCACAAGUACUUCUUGCUCAGUGACCUUGCAUCUUCCCGAGACUAUGAACUGUGUGUGUUGGCUGUCUAUGAUGAUGGUGUCACGACCUUGACAGGCACCAAGCUGGUGGGCUGUGUUUCUUUCACCACCGAGACAGAGUAUGGACGUUGCCACUCCAUCAGAGACCAGUUCCUGGGAGGAACGAUGAUCAUCAUCAUCGGCGGCAUCAUCGUGGCCUCCGUCCUCGUCUUCAUCUUCAUCCUGCUGAUGAAGUACAAACUCCAUAGCAACCACUACAAGCAGAAGGCGGCCGCGCGCCAGGCCAACGUGUGCUCCCAGACCAACGGUGGAGGAGGAGGAGGAGGAGGAGGAGGGGGCGUCGUAGGUGCAGCGGCCAUCCUCACCUUGCCUCCUUCCUCCUCCUCGGGGGUACAAGGAGGAGGAUCCAAUAAAAACUCCCAGCCAUCGUCGUCCUUGGCAACAGAGGGAAUGGGCGGGGCAUCUCUCCGAGGGAUGACUGUAGUGGACUUAAAUCCCGCCCACGAUGAGGAUGCUAUCUCCCAAUAA